CGCCCAAAAGUGAGGAGGAUUUGCUGGCCCUGGCCGCGUCACGGCUGAGCCGCCGCAAACGGGUGGCGGGCGCAGCCGUCGGGGUGGCCAUGGUGCUGCUGCUGCUGGUAGCCAUCCCGCUACUGGUGCACAGCUCUCGCGGACCAACACACUAUGAGAUGCUAGGUCGCUGUCGCAUGGUGUGUGACCCCCACGCAUCCCGAGGUCAAGGCUCCGACGGCGCGCCCUCCUCGGUGCCUCCCUUCCCUCCAGGUGCCAAAGGAGAGGUAGGGCGGCGAGGGAAGGCGGGCCUGCGGGGACCCCCAGGACCCCCGGGUCCCAGAGGGCCCCCUGGAGAGCCAGGCAGGCCAGGUCCUCCAGGUCCUCCUGGCCCAGGCCCUGGAGGGGCAGCGCCCCCUGCCGGCUAUGUACCCCGAAUUGCCUUCUAUGCGGGCCUAAGGCGGCCUCAUGAGGGUUAUGAAGUGUUGCGCUUUGACGACGUGGUGACCAACGUGGGCAACGCUUACGAGGCAGCCAGUGGCAAGUUCACCUGUCCCAUGCCAGGCGUCUACUUCUUCGCUUACCAUGUGCUCAUGCGCGGUGGUGACGGUACCAGCAUGUGGGCCGAUCUGAUGAAGAACGGACAGGUCCGUGCCAGCGCCAUUGCUCAGGAUGCAGAUCAGAACUAUGACUAUGCCAGCAACAGCGUCAUUCUGCACCUAGAUGUGGGAGAUGAGGUCUUUAUCAAGCUGGACGGUGGGAAGGUGCAUGGCGGCAACACCAACAAGUACAGCACCUUCUCGGGAUUCAUCAUCUAUCCCGACUGAGCCCAGCACCUUCUCUGACUCUCAUGUUCGUUCGCCCGCCCCCUCAACCCCUCGCUCUCACCCACACCCACCU